UAAGAGGUGACUCAUGGAAAAGCCCUUCCUGUGCAGUCAGAUAGCAGUCUCGAUCCCGAGUUCCCUUUACUCUGGGAAAAGUAAGCACUCAGCAACUAGUCCAACAUCCUCCACGGCGGCUGGACCAGAUAGGAUUUGUUGGUGGCUCACAGAUCAUCAGUCCUGGAGCCUUCUGAUUCCACCUCAGUGCUCUUGACUGAGCAAUGGAGUCUUUCACUGCUGACACCAACUCAACUGACCUACACUCACGGCCUCUGUUUAAACCCCAAGACAUUGCCUCCAUGGUCAUUCUCAGUCUCACGUGUUUAUUGGGACUGCCAGGCAAUGGGCUGGUGCUGUGGGUCGCUGGCGUAAAGAUGAAGAGGACCGUGAACACAGUCUGGUUCCUCCACCUCACCCUGGCCGAUUUCCUCUGCUGCCUCUCCUUGCCCUUCUCCGUGGCUCACCUGAUUCUCCGAGGACACUGGCCCUAUGGCUUGUUCCUGUGCAAACUUAUCCCGUCCGUCAUUAUCCUCAACAUGUUUGCCAGUGUCUUCCUGCUUACUGCCAUUAGCCUGGACCGCUGUCUGAUGGUGCACAAGCCGAUCUGGUGCCAGAACCAUCGGAGCGUGAGAACAGCCUUCGCCGUCUGUGGAUGCGUCUGGGUGGUAGCCUUUGUGAUGUGUAUACCGGUAUUUGUAUACCGUGAUCUGCUCGUUGUGGAUGAUUACAGUGUAUGUGGCUAUAACUUUGAUUCCUCCAGGGCAUAUGAUUAUUGGGACUACAUGUACAAUUCACAUCUACCAGAAAUCAACCCUCCUGACAACUCCACUGGACAUGUGGAUGACAGGACAGCUCCUUCCUCUGUACCAGCAAGGGACCUUUGGACAGCUACCACUGCUCUCCAGUCACAAACGUUCCACACAUCUCCUGAAGACCCAUUCUCUCAAGACUCAGCAAGUCAGCAACCCCAUUAUGGGGGGAAGCCUCCUACUGUGCUCAUAGCCACCAUACCCGGCGGGUUUCCUGUUGAAGAUCAUAAAUCCAACACACUGAACACUGGUGCUUUUCUCUCUGCCCACACAGAGCCGUCCCUCACUGCUUCUAGCAGUCCUUUAUACGCCCAUGAUUUCCCGGAUGAUUAUUUUGACCAACUGAUGUAUGGCAAUCACGCGUGGACACCUCAGGUGGCAAUCACCAUCUCGAGGCUGGUGGUGGGCUUCCUGGUGCCCUUUUUCAUCAUGAUAACCUGUUACAGCCUCAUCGUCUUCAGAAUGCGAAAAACCAACCUCACCAAGUCGAGGAACAAAACCCUUCGGGUGGCCGUGGCGGUGGUCACCGUCUUUUUUGUCUGCUGGAUUCCAUACCAUAUUGUUGGAAUCCUGUUAGUGAUUACUGACCAAGAAAGCGCCUUGAGAGAAGUUGUGCUACCCUGGGACCACAUGUCCAUUGCUUUAGCAUCUGCCAAUAGUUGUUUCAACCCUUUCCUUUAUGCCCUCUUGGGAAAAGACUUCAGGAAGAAAGCAAGACAGUCCGUAAAGGGCAUUCUGGAAGCAGCCUUCAGCGAAGAGCUCACGCACUCUACCAGUUGUACCCAGGACAAAGCCCCCUCAAAAAGAAACCAUAUGAGUACGGAUGUGUGAAGAUGCUGCACUGGGGACCUAAGCAGAUGUUCUGAGGAUCUUGCCAUCUCCUGCUGUGGUUAGGAGUGUGCAGCACAUACCCGGCCCCGCCUUCUUCUUCGGCUUUUCCUGCGAGACUUUGUGCCUCACAUAAAACAAGACAGUACUCUAAACGUACCUUUCCUUUCUCUCCAAACUCAUGUCAAACAGAAGGAGGAUGGGAUGGGUGAAGCUACAAUUCUUCAAUUCACUGCACACUCCGACAGCAGUAUCAAAGGAUUUUAAACCUGAGUCUAGGUAUUUUACAUGCCAAACGUGUCAGGCACACUCUCUUUGGGAUUUUUUUUUUCAAAUUAAUUUUUUUUCGGGACCAUGGUACUAUAAAGUACUAUAUACACCCAAUUUUAAAGGAACUAGUUAAUAAUGAAAUGCAGAAGGGCUGGUUCUCCAGCACCCAGUAAUUCCCAUCUCUCCCUACUUCCAAGAGAUAACCUUUGCAAGAAUUUUAGCUGUUUCUUCUGAUACAUGAUGUGCCUAAGACAUGUGCCCACGCUGCUGGUCACUGUAGAUAUGAAGAAAAGGUUGUCUCGAAAGAUUUUACCUGCUUACCUACUUUCAUAUUUGCGCCCGGCAUCCCAGGGUUGACUGGUAUCAUGUUUUAAUCUGUUCGUGACCGUUCCACUUUUUUUUUCCUUCCUUUUGUUGUCAGGUUUUGCUUGGCUUUGUUCCAGGGUCUCUGGGUAGCACAGUCUAGCCUCAGACUCACAGGUUUCUUGUUACAGUACCAGAGCUGAGCACCGCCACCACCACCACCCCCAGCUGACUACACAAUUUUCCUGUCAACACAUUUCAAUAGCAUACAGCUUCUCUUCUGCCCUCUUACUUCGCAUGCUAACAUAUAUUCAUUGUACAUAUUAGGAAGGUUCGACAUGACUGAUCCGUACAUGCACACAACAUUCACACGUCCACCCCAGACUCUUCCUAAUCAUUCUUCUUCUUACUGGUUGACUUUUAAAAAAGGGGGUGGGGGGCACUGGAGAGGUGGCUCAGAGGUUAAAAGCACCAACUGUUCUUCCAGAGGUUCUAGUUCAACUCCCAGCAACUACAUGGUGGCUCACAACCAUCUGUAAUGGGAGCCGAUGCCCUCUUCUGGUGUGUCUGAAGACAGCUACAAUGUUAUUCGUGUACAUUAAAUAAAAAUUCUUUAAAAAAAAUAGGUCUUAAGAAUCCCACACUGGCCUCAAGAUUAUUAUGCAACCAAAAAUGACUUUGAAAUUCAAAUCCCCCUGCCUCCACCUCCUAUUGGCUGGGAUCAUAGGCAGGGAACACUAUGCCCAGUCUUAUGUGGUACUGGGAAUCAAAGCCAGGGCUUCGUGCACGGUAAUUAAGCAUCCUGUCAACUAAGCUACUACCCUAGCCUGCUCAGGUUGACGUGUCUGGCCCUCAGAUAUGAGACUGCAUGGCACUUCUGCGUCCACUCACAUAAUGUCCCCGUCAUCCACCCAACUAUUAACCAACGCCUCAGCAGACUCUGUACCGUAGCUAUUAUACAUAGUACUACACUCAACCCUUGGUUUAAAAAAGGAAAACCAGCAAUCUCCCACCAUAACCUAUCCUCGUGCGUACAUGUCCAUGUGUUAAAUCCCUGAGAAGUCAAGCUUGUUUGCGUAAGUGGGCAUGUCCAAGAUGAAUGAGUUAAUCUACAUAGACAGAAGAUGGAAUGUAGAUCAGUCUUGUGAUACAUGCCUUCUGUCGUCGAGGGAAGGACCUUAGGCUACAACUGCUGUACGAACUAUUAUGCAGAAAUUUCAAAUCACUAAAAAGAUCUUUUUUGUGGUGAGGUAUUUUGAGCGUAAGACUGCAGUUCCGCCUUUCCAGUGUAAGCUGUUUAUCUAUUCCCCAUGAAUAAAUGCUUUUAUCUACAAAGCUCA